AUGUCCAACCACGAGUCCUCCUCCGAUAGCAACCCUCCGGAGCAGCAUGAGGUCGCGGCCAGUCCUUCUCUCGUCUCGUCGCGCACCUUAUCGGACUCCGGGCGGCGCACCUCCCAAUAUAACCAUGUGCGCUUUUCAACAGACCUCGAACGAGUCCCUGUCGAAGAACCGCGACAGGCGGACUGGGACCGACGCCCAAGCUCGCGUGGCCUGACAAUCGACACGGCGCUGGCGCCUCCAACUGUCCGAUCGCCUCCUCGCUCUCCCAUCUCCCCUCUUUCCCCCGGUGCUGCCCCCGGGGCCACCCCCGGGGCCACACUCUCUCCGCACUCCCCGACCUCCCCAACGAGCCCGGAAUCUGGGCGUUCGCGCUCACGAAACCGUGGCUAUUCCCUCCGCAGAUCGAUCUUCAACAGGAAUAUCCAGCCAACUUCGGAAACCGAUAUCGCUGGUGCCGAGCUGGGUGAGGCCAAGGGGCCGAGCCCCGUUCCCGAGGAUGGCCCAGCCCCGGUGGCCACUGAGCCCGGUGCUAUCGAUGAAAAGCACGAGCUGAUCGUUGCGCAGACCGCAACUGUUGGAUCUACCUUGAAAGAAAGCUCGACGUACCCUUCUUCCGACCCUUCAGAGCGCACCUGCAAGGACCACUACACAUCUGUUGCGCAGGACGAAUGGCUGAAGAGGAAGGCUGCCACGGCGGUGAUUUUCUCCCGACUCGAGGCGGUCAUGACCGCAAUGCAAAAGUUCAUCUUGCGCAUUAAAGACAUCCCACCAACUCAGGACGGACGCCAUAUCGAUUUGAACCCGUCGUUGGUUGAGACAUUUGUUGACGAGCGCACCGGGAAGGUUUACAUUGGAAAUUGGAUUCGGUCCAGCCGCUAUAGCUUCUGGAGCUUCUUCCCCCGGCAGCUAUUUGCGCAGUUCACCAAACUGGCGAACUUUUACUUCCUGGUUGUUGCGAUUCUGCAAAUGAUUCCCGGCCUGAGUACCACGGGAACUUAUACGACUCUGGUUCCACUCUUGAUUUUCGUCGGUAUCUCCAUGGGCAAGGAAGGUUUUGAUGACUGGCGCCGGUAUCGUUUGGAUAAGGAAGAAAACAAUCGAUUUGCCUGGGUGCUUCGAUCCGAGGCUGGUGGUGUCCAAGAUUGGGUGGAGAUCAAGUGGCUGGAUAUCCGGGUCGGAGAUGUCAUCAAGCUUAAGCGAGAUCAGCCAGUUCCGGCUGAUUUCGCUUUGCUGCAUGCAAACGGUCCCAACGGCGUUGCCUAUAUCGAGACUAUGGCUCUGGAUGGUGAGACCAGCCUCAAGAACAAGCAGCCGUGCCAGCCAGUUUCGAAGGUUUGCUCUACAGUUGAGGACAUCACCAGCAACUCACUUCAUUUUGUUGUAGAGGACCCGAACAUGGAUCUCUACAAGUUUGAUGGCCAUGUUACUGUCAACGCCCAGGAGAAGCUGCCAUUGACCAAUAACGAGAUCGUUUACCGAGGAAGUAUUCUGCGGAACACCGACGAAGCCAUCGGCAUGGUUAUUUACACCGGCGAAGAAUGCAAGAUUCGCAUGAACGCCAACAAGAAUCCUCGCAUCAAGAAGCCGACUUUGCAAUCAAAGGUUAAUCGCGUCGUUAUGCUGAUUGUGGCUCUGGUGGUUAUUCUGGCUGUCAUCUGCACGGUUUGCUACAAGUUCUGGUCCGAGAACGUGGAACGUUACUCCUGGUACCUGACGGACGCGAGCGUGCAAUACGGUCCAAUCUUCACCUCUUUCCUCAUCAUGUUCAAUACCAUGAUACCCAUUUCGCUGUAUGUCAGCAUGGAGAUUGUGAAGGUUGUCCAGAUGUUCCUGCUCAACGACAUCGACAUGUACGAUCCCGAAACCGACACCCCUCUCGAGGCUCGCACCUCCACCAUCAACGAAGAGCUGGGCCAAGUGAGCUACAUCUUUUCCGAUAAGACCGGUACCCUGACGAACAACUCGAUGCGUUUCCGAAAGAUGAGCGUUGCUGGUACAGCGUGGUUGCACGAUCUGGAUCUUCAGGAAGAAGCUGCCCGUGACGGUGACCACACGAAGCUCAUCCACAAGAAGCGUAACCUCAAGGGAAAGAAAGCUGUGGGCCGCAAGUCAACUGCGUCCGAGGCGCGCAUGCAAUCCGGUCCUCGGCCUUCCAAUAUCUCUGCUGGCCUCGAAGCGAUGCGCCACCUCCGCCAUUCGCCUUACAGGACCACCGACAUGCUUGAGUACAUCCAGCGCAAGCCGUACACAAUCUUCGCGCGAAAGGCAAAACUGUUCAUCAUGUCCAUCGCUCUCUGCCAUACUUGUAUUCCAGAGGAGGAUGCGAAUGGCAACGUCUCCUUCCAAGCUGCCUCACCAGACGAGCUUGCCCUGAUUCUCGCGGCCCAGGAACUCGGAUACUUGGUUAUUGACCGCCAAGUGAACACUUUGACGAUUCGUACCUACCCCAAUGGCCCGGAAGAGGCUUCCCAAGAUGAAGUUUACGAAGUUAUGGACGUGAUUGAAUUCUCCAGUGCGCGCAAGCGCAUGUCGGUUGUGGUGCGCAUGCCUGAUCAGCGUAUCUGUGUCUUCUGUAAGGGUGCCGAUACUACUCUUAUGCGUCUGCUUAAGAAGGCCGAUUUGGCGCAUGAGAAGGCUAUUGAGAUUGAGCGCCAUGCCAGCAAGCGCAAGGCCGCAGAAGCGAAUCAGGUCAUUCGUCGCAACAGCGAGUACCACAGCCGCAAGGACAGUGGUGUUCGCAACAGCUUGAGUCGGCCCAGUUUCAACCGUCGACGCUCCUCCGUUUCUGGUCAGCAUGCGUCGGCUUUGCGAGAAAGUAUUGAUGUCUGGCUGCGCGACCGUGAGACGGAUGGUGGCAUUCUCGACCGACGACCUGAUAGCGAAUAUUACAGCCCACGCCCGUCUGCACAAAUGGGACGGAACUCGGCGGCUAUCUCCGACUCGGGUAGCUCUACCAAUGGCGAGGAAGAGGAGGAUCUGGUCGAAGAGGCCCUUGUCGUGAACGAGGCCGCUGUCUUCGAGCGAUGCUUCCAGCACCUGAAUGACUUUGCUACCGAUGGAUUACGCACCUUGCUCUAUGGCCACCGCUUCCUGGACGAGGCUACGUACAAAUCCUGGAAGGCUGCCUACCACGAGGCGUCUACCAGUAUCCUUGACCGUCAGCAGAAGAUCGAGCAGGUUGGCGAGGAGAUUGAGCAGCAGCUCGAGCUGACUGGUGCGACUGCUAUUGAGGACAAGUUGCAAAAGGGUGUCCCGGAGGCUAUUGACAAGUUGCGUCGUGCCAAUAUCAAGCUGUGGAUGUUGACUGGUGACAAGCGUGAGACCGCCAUCAAUGUCGGCCACUCCUGCCGACUGGUGAAGGACUACUCGACAUUGACCAUUCUGGAUCAUGAGAAUGGUGACGUCGAGCAGACUAUUAUCCAGUUGACUUCCGAUAUCAGUCGCAACCGCGUGGCCCAUUCUGUUGUGGUUGUUGAUGGCCAGACUCUGUCAAAGAUCGAGGCGGAUGAGAUUGUGAUGAAGCGAUUCUUCCAACUCGCCAUUCGUGUCGACUCUGUCAUCUGCUGUCGUGCCAGCCCGAAGCAAAAGGCUUUCCUGGUAAAGUCUAUUCGCACACACCUGGAUGACGCCAUUACUCUUGCAAUUGGUGAUGGUGCCAAUGACAUCGCGAUGAUCCAGGAGGCGCACGUUGGUAUCGGUAUCACCGGUAAGGAGGGUCUUCAGGCGGCGCGUAUCUCGGACUACUCGAUUGCGCAGUUCCGCUUCCUGCUCAAAUUACUGCUCGUUCACGGAAGGUGGAACUACAUGCGCGCAUGCAAAUACACACUCGGCACAUUCUGGAAGGAAAUGCUGUUCUACCUCACCCAGGCGCUGUACCAGCAUUGGAACGGCUACACCGGAACCAGUCUGUACGAGCCAUGGAGCUUGAGUAUGUUCAAUACUCUCUUCACCUCGCUUGCUGUCAUCUUCCUGGGUAUCUUUACCAAGGACCUCGCCGCAUCGACUUUACUGGCCGUGCCUGAGCUCUACUCCCGGGGCCAGCGACAUGGUGGCUUCAAUAUCCGCUUGUGGCUGGGCUGGACCUUUAUGGCAGCCUGUGAAGCUGUGAUCAUCUUCUUCACCAUGUACGGUCUAUUCGGCAUGUGUCAGAUCAACCCAAGUGGCGUCGACACAUUCUCCCUCGGCCUCCUUACCUUUACCGCCUGUGUUGUGGUCAUCAAUUUCAAACUACAAGUCCUAGAAGUCCACAACAAGACCUACCUCUCCUUGAUCGUGACCAUCAUUUCCGUCGGCGGCUGGUUCCUAUGGAACAUGAUCCUCUCCGAGCGCUACACCAUGAGUUCUGGUAAGGGCAUCUACGACGUGCCCGACAACUUCCUCCACCACGUCGGCGACAAUCUCCUCUUCUGGGUCGUCCUCCUCAUCGCCGUCGCGGCAGUCCUCCUCUUCGAACUCACAGUCAGCACCCUCCGCGCCCUCUUCUUCCCCACAGACGUGGACAUCUUCCAAGAGUUCGAGCAGGACCUCGAUAUUCGCAAGCGUUUCGAAGAAGCAGCUGCCCCGGAGCUCCAGCAAGGUUGGGCCCACGGAAAAAAGAAGUCCAGCUUCGAAAACGCCCGCGAGAAUGCCGAGUUGGAUGCCCGCGAGCGCCAGGUCCAAGAACUCUUAUCCCGGCCUCGCGUCAUGACCGAGUCCAAGUCCAAGCCUGUCACCCAGGAGAUCGAGGUGGAAGGCUACUCCAGCGCCAGUGCCAGUGCCAGCAUGAUCCACGUUGGAAGCAAUGUGAUCGAUUCUGUCACCCCCAUCGCUGACUCGGAACCCAUCUCACCGGGUGAAUCCUGUGUGCGUCGCCGCUCAGUCGAAAUUCACGAACUAUUCAGCAAAGGCUUCGGUACCAUCCGCAAGGGUCAGCUGAAAUGA